UAAAAAUCUAUAAAGGUGUAUUACAAUAAUUUAAAAUAAUAUAUUAGUAUCAGUUUUCCUUCAAAAAAGUGAAUUCAUAUACGAUGCAGUUUUUCUAUUGUAAACGUGGAGAUAUUUAAUUUUAUCGCAUUUAAAAGCAAAACUGAAAAUUCGAAAAUAAUUACUUUACAGUAUUAAAAUGGACAAUUAAAUAAGUGACAUGGCUAGCUUAGAUACAAGGAUAGACCUAGGAGGUCAACAAAAUUCCUGGAAUGGAUCUGAUGGCUCCUUAAAACAUUCCGAACACUUAAUCUCACAUAGAAAAAUAGUUAGGCGAUGGAAUCAACUUUCCAGAUUGCAGAGGUCCCUAGUAUACGCGAUUAUAUUAAUUGUAAUUACCAUAGUUGUAUUAUUAUGUACCUCAAAAACGUCUGAAGUGAUAAAUAGAGAAAAACUUACAGUCGAAAAGGAGUUGUCAAACGCUUCGUCACUUGUAACCGAUCCCCCACCAAAUGCAUCGCCCCUGAAAAAAAUUAAUAUUGACAGUGAAAUUAUACAAAAGCCAUUAUUCACAGGUCCGGGUAACGCUCGUCAGUAUGCAGUAGUUGAAUCAUUCAAGCACGCAUGGAAAGGCUAUAAGGAACACGCUUGGGGUCACGACAACUUAAAACCAGUCUCCGGCAUGGCAUUUGAUUGGUUUUCACUGGGUUUGACCAUAGUCGAUGGAUUGGACACGGCUUACAUCAUGGGACUUAAUGAAGAAUUCCAAGAAGGCAAGGAGUGGAUCAACAACGAGCUGAUAUUCACAAAGCAGAAGGACGUUAAUUUCUUUGAAGUGACCAUUAGAGUGCUGGGUGCUCUUUUAACUAAUUAUCACUUUACAGAAGAUAAAAUGUUUUUAGAUAAAGCGAAGGAUCUCGGUGAGCGACUGAUGUCAGCGUUCUCAUCUCCGUCCGGGAUCCCGUACUCAGACGUGAACCUCGGCUCGCGGACGGCUCACGCCCCUGAGUGGGCUCACUACAGCACCACCGCUGAGGCCACCACGAUACAACUAGAGUUCAGGGAGCUGUCUAGAUCAUCAAACAAUCCUGUAUUCGAGGAUGCUGCAGCUGCGGUGUCUGAAAAGAUUCAUCAACUGCCAAAAAAGCACGGCCUGGUGCCCAUCUUCAUCAACCCUAACACUGGUCAGUUUGCACCUCACGCCACCAUCACGUUGGGGGCACGUGGAGACAGCUAUUACGAAUAUCUAUUGAAGCAAUGGCUUCAAACCGGAAAGACUAUAACUUAUCUGGUGGAUGAUUACAUGACUGCUAUAGAGGGCGUGAGAGAGUACCUCGCUAAACGUUCAUCGCCAAACAAAAGAUUAUUUAUCGGCGAAUUAUCCUCUGGUUCUGAGGCAUUCAAUCCCAAAAUGGACCAUUUAACAUGUUUCCUCCCGGGUACGUUGGCGCUGGGUCAUAUGAACGGCCUACCCGACUGGCACAUGACCAUGGCCGAAGAAUUGCUUUACACUUGCUACCUGACUUACGCUGCCCACCCUACGUUCCUAGCCCCGGAGAUCACACAUUUUAAUAUGGUGAGUACGACAGAGGACAUGUACACAAAGACAGCUGAUGCUCAUAAUCUACUGAGGCCUGAAUUCGUUGAAAGCUUAUGGUAUAUGUAUCAAAUAACUGGCAACACCACAUAUCAAGACUGGGGAUGGCAGAUAUAUCAGAGUUUCGAGAAAUACGCGAAAGUACCAAAUGGAUACACAUCCCUUAACAAUGUGAAAUCUGAGAAACCAGUACUAAGGGACAUGAUGGAAUCAUUUUUUCUCUCUGAAACACUCAAAUAUCUGUACCUUCUGUUUAGUGAUGAUAGAUUUAUAAUUGAUUUGAAUAAAUACGUCAUCACUUCUGAAGCACAUCCAUUGCCAAUACACAAGAAUUAGUUUAAAUGUUAAAUAGUGAAUUAAGAAGUCUGAUUUAUUCCUAUUAUAUAAAUGUUAAAUGAAUAUUUUUAAAAUAUUUCAUUUUUAUUUAUGCAAUUGACCAUAACAAACUUCGUAUUUUUUCUUCAUUUAUACAACAUUAUCUAUACAUUUCUGUCUAUCUGAACUUUGCAUAAUUUAUGUUUAUUAUAUUGUUUUAUCAAAGUUAAUAGUAGGUAGGACAUAUGAUUAUUGUAUUGGAGUCUGCAUUGCAGUUAUAUUUAUCGUUUAAAUGAGCAUAUUAUGAAAUAUAAUUCGAAGCAUAAAAAGGCUGAUUAGAAUUUGAAGUACAUAUACCCAAUUACCUUUAUUAUGCAUUAUCUUUUAUGUAAUACAAACAUAAACAAUUCCUGUUAAAUUUGCCUGUUUUGUAAGAACUCACAAAUAAUCGUAUGGAAAUGUACAACAGAUGUACAGAAAUAUUAAUGAAUUUUCAUAAUUUAUUCGCCAAAAUAUCCUACACAUAUUAGAAUUUGUAUAAAAGACAAUAUUAUCAUCUAUUUACUUUAAAUAUUCUAUAUAAAUCCUUCUAUAUACUAUUUGAUGUCCACCCAUGUAUGAGCUUAGCUAUAUAAGUCGAUGUUCCUAGCACAUAAGAAACUAUGAAGUCAAGAGAAUUCUUAAGAAACAUUUAAUAUUUUUUAAAUCAAUAUAAAUUUUCACUUUCUAAUAGUCUCGUCAUUUAUUAUUCAGACAGUUUUAUACCAUUAUUAUCAUAAUAUAGUACAUACAUUAAUAUUACAGACGUGUAUUUCUGUGGCACAUUAUGUUGCCUUGCAUGUGUUAAUCAUGAUUAUAUUCUAUGUCUAUAUAAUAUUAUAUCUAUAAAAUUGUAUCACUUACUAAUAUGUACAUUAUUAACUCUAUAGAUUUUUUUUUUGUUAACAUAUGUCAUAUUAUUUAUGCCAAUUAAUUACAAGUUGUAAAUAAAACCAAAAAAAUUCUCGUAAGUCACUUAAAAUUUUAGCAAUGUAGUGAAAAAAAUAUAUAUUUUUACUUAAUAGUUCAGUUUUUAAACUAAGCUCUUAUUAUUUGCUGUAUUUUUCUAUUUCAAUUGAAAUGUGAAUGUAACAUUACUUUCUUAUUUAUUUAGUGUACAGUCGUGCACAUGUUGGCCAAAAAUAAACCCUUACACAAAUUUUGUAAUAAACAAAAUUUUUUUUUUUAACUGAAAUACCAGUAAUAUUUUUUUAAUUGAUAAUAACUUAAGUUACCAAAAGCUCUAGUUUUGGUUUUAAAGUUUUUGUAUAUUAUUAAUAAUUGUUUUUGUAUUAUUUGUAAAUUUGGUUAUUUCUAAAAAUUUACUCGAGUACAACACUAAAGUACUUACUUUAAAUUUACACAAAUGCAUUUGUUUUCAGAUUUUUUUUUUAUAAAUCUGUCUUAAAAAUUGUAUAUUUUUUGAUUAAAAUUCUUUUAUAUUAAUUUUUUACUUAUUGUAUAUUAUUUGUUGAUAUUAAAAGUGGAUUGAGAUAAAUAAAAUGGAUAAAAUUUUUUUUUUCUUAAA